CGGCUACUCAGGAAGAUUGUUGUGCUUAUAGAAGGAAACUCAAGAGCCUUAGAAGAUGUCUUACGCCGAUACCGAUGCACUUUAUGGAAAGGAUAACGUUGAAGACGCGUAUAAAGCGCUAAAGACGAAGUAUGAGGGAGGAGAUAAGAGUCCGGAUUUGCUAUGGCGUCUGGCAAGAGCAGCUUUGGAGACUGCUCAACUAGAUGCAAAUCGCCCAAAAAGAGGAGAUUUACUGAAGGAAGCUAGAGACUAUGCUGUAGAAGGAGCAACCGCUAAGGAAGAUCAAGACACCCUUACAUGGGCAGCUGUAGCUAGCUCGUACUACAGCGACUGUCUUUCAGCUAAAAAUAGAAUUGUGGAGUAUCAAAAGAUGAUAGCGUAUACAAGCAAAGGGCUAGAACUGAAGCCAAAUGAUCACAUCUUAUUGUUUGUCAAAGGAAGAACUGUCUUUGAAUUUUGUUCUCUAAACUCGAUAGAGAAGAAGGCUAUGGCUAUAGUGUUUAACACCACUGGAAAUGAGCCAGCGCCAUCAAUCUCAAGCGCACAGUCAAUUUUCCUACAGUCCUAUGGAGCCUGUGCUACUUACCUGCCCACCUUAUACUAUUUGGGCAUGUGUAUGAUCUCACUAGGAGACAAAGAAAAUGCCAAAAAGUACCUCACUGAGGCCACAUCGCAGACAGCCGAAGGAUGUUAUCGCAGCGUACAGGCAGAAUGUGCAAAUCUGCUGAAACAAUGCAAAUGAGCAUUUGCCAAACUGAACUCUGGUGUAAUUUUACUGCAAUGUGCUGAU